AUGAUCUAUCCAGAUCUUCAUAUUAUUGAACAAAUUCGAGUACUUAACUUUGCUUUGGAUCUUGAAUGUGGGGAAGAAUUAAUUAGCAUGAUUACUCAGUUUGUUGAUCAAAAAAAGUCUUUACUUGAAGGUAUUGAUAACGAAAGUACUCAACUUAAUCAACUUGAGCAUAUAGUUGUGAAUAACCCUUUAGUUACAAAACGUCAUGGGCAACCACCAACAAAAAGAUUAAAAAGUUCUUCUGAAGCUCAAGGUUAUAAAGGACAAGAACAUAGUAAUCAUGCAAUUAACCCUCUGGAUCCUAAUUUAAGGAUACCUUUAUCAAAUAUUAGUUCAAAUAAUAGUCAUGCUAUAGAAGAGAGCAAAAGAAAAUAUGUAUGUAAUGUAUAUGGUGAGGUAGAACAUAAUGCAUACACAUGUAAGCAGCAAGAGAAUGAUAAGAUAUAA